UUGUUUUACAAACCCUCCCCCAGGUCCCCUCCACCAUGCAGCCCUCGCUCCCCAAGCCCUUCCAGCCAGAUGAUGAACUUCCUGCGGCGCCGGCUGUCAGACAGUAGCUUCAUCGCCAACCUGCCCAAUGGCUACAUGACCGACCUGCAGCGGCCCGAGCCGCAGCAGCCACCUCCACCGCCCCCCAGCGCGGGCGCGGCCCCGGCCACCUCGCCUAGCCCGGAGCGGAGGCCGCAGGCCGCGCCACAGUCGGCUGCUGCGCCGUCGGUGGGCAGCAGCUUCUUUAGCUCGCUGUCGCAAGCCGUGAAGCAGACGGCCGCCUCAGCGGGCCUGGUGGAUGCGCCCGCGCCCACCGCCUCCAGGAAGGCCAAGGUGCUGUUGGUCAUAGACGAGCCUCAUGCCGACUGGGCCAAAUGUUUUCGGGGUAAAAAAGUCCUUGGAGAUUAUGACAUCAAAGUAGAACAGGCGGAGUUUUCUGAGCUCAACCUGGUGGCACAUGCAGAUGGGGCCUAUGCUGUGGACAUGCAGGUACUCCGAGGUGGCACCAAGGUGGUCCGGUCCUUUCGGCCAGACUUUGUGCUUAUUCGGCAGCACGCAUUUGGCAUGGCAGAGAAUGAAGACUUCCGCCACCUCAUCAUUGGCAUGCAGUAUGCAGGUCUUCCCAGCAUCAACUCAUUGGAGUCCAUUUACAACUUCUGUGACAAGCCAUGGGUGUUUGCCCAGAUGGUGGCCAUCUAUAAGUCCCUGGGAGGAGAAAAGUUCCCCCUCAUUGAGCAGACAUACUAUCCCAACCACAAAGAAAUGCUGACACUGCCCACGUUUCCUGUAGUGGUGAAGAUUGGCCAUGCUCACUCAGGCAUGGGCAAGGUCAAAGUGGAAAACCACUAUGAUUUCCAGGACAUUGCUAGUGUGGUGGCCCUCACCCAGACCUAUGCCACAGCGGAGCCUUUCAUCGAUGCCAAGUAUGACAUCCGAGUCCAGAAGAUAGGCACCAACUACAAGGCUUACAUGAGGACCUCCAUCUCAGGGAACUGGAAGACAAACACAGGCUCUGCAAUGCUGGAACAGAUCGCCAUGUCAGACAGGUACAAGAUGUGGGUAGACACCUGCUCUGAGAUGUUUGGAGGCCUGGACAUCUGUGCUGUCAAAGCUGUACAUGGCAAAGAUGGGAAAGACUACAUUUUUGAGGUCAUGGACUGCAGUAUGCCGCUGAUUGGGGAGCACCAGGUAGAGGACAGACAGCUCAUCACAGAACUAGUCAUUAAUAAGAUGAACCACCUGCUGUCCAGGACCCCUGCCCUGUCUCCUCAGAGACCCUUAACCACCCAGCAGCCACAGAGUGGAACGCUUAAGGACUUGGACUCCAGCAAGACCCCACCUCAGCGACCACCCCCUCAAGGUUGUUUACAGUAUAUUCUCGACUGUAAUGGCAUUGCAGUAGGGCCAAAACAAGUCCAAGCGUCCUAACAUAAUUGGUAGUUAAUUUAUGAAAGGAGAAAUUUUAAGCCAAAAACAAACAAACAAAAAAAGACAGGCAACAGAUCCUCCCAGUGGUGCCAUUCACACUUCCACUGCUGACCGGACUGUUCCCUCUACCAUGGCGGCUCCUGUCGUGUUGAUCUGUUUGUGCUCAUGCUUGUCGUGCUCCCUCACGUUUCUCUGUGUAGCUUGUGAUUCCAGGGCUGUUUGUCCAUAGUGUACAAAAGGACUGUGCCUCUCCCAAGUCCAGUGCGACUCUCCUUUCUGGGUGGUUUGGUCAUGACUUUUAAAGUCUUACAUUAUGUGGGGUGAGAUAGGAGUGAGGGGGUGAGCAAGGGAGAAAUGA